UUAACACACUAACAGCUGUCUUACGUCAAUAGGUGUAAAUAACACGUGUAAAUUAAAAAUAAAAUACUAUGGAACGAUUAAUAUCUUAAAUUAUUUAUUAUUAACGGCGAAAAAUGACGACAGCUUUACAACAACAAGUUUUUGCAUUAGAUGCAAAAUAUAAUGCAAAUAGGGCCCCAAAUAGCCCAGGAUUUCGAACGCUGUACAUUCGCAGAAGAAGUCAGUUAUUAAGAGAAACCGAAAGAGAACCAGAUAAAUGGGCACAAUAUUUAAAAUUAAGAUCCACCUUGUUACAGCAAAGAUAUGGAAAUGCUGGAUGUGAUUCAACUCAUUUAAGAUCUACUAGUAGAUCUAGUAUUUCAAAUGAAUCAAGAACUUCUAUAUUUGGUGUUAAAGAUGUUGUUGUUCCAACUAAACAAGCUGAAGCUUCUAGGGCAAUAGUUGGUGGUAACUCUAUAGCUGAGAAUUAUGCAUUUAAAGGUGUACAUCAUAUUUUUGACCAACAUAAUGAACCAGUUACAAUGGUUAAAUUUGCUAACAACGAUCAAUCGUUGCUAUGUUGUUCUUCUGUUGAUGGUAAUUUAUCUGUGUGCAAUGUAACUGAUUCGCCACCUGCGGUUUUAGCAAUUUUAAAAGAUCAUACAAAAGCUGUAACAGGUUUUGAUUGGUCUGCUAAUAAUGAUUUAAUUGCAAGUUCUUCGUUAGACAGUACUGUUAAAGUAUGGAAAGUUGCUGAUUAUUCAUGUUUAAGAACAGUUCAAGAUCCUAACUCUUCGCAAAUUCUUUGUUGUUUGUUCCAACCGGUUAACAAUAAUCUUUUAAUAACCGGAAAUAGUAGAGGGGAAGUCAGAAUUGCAAAUGUAUCAACUGGGAGAUUUAUGAAAAAUGUUUGUAGAGUUACUGGAAAUGUCUUGUGUUUAGCUUCAGAUGCGAAUGGUAAAACAAUAUGGGCUGGAAAUGAUAAGGGUGAAAUCGUUUCUAUUCUUUGCGACAUAAGCGGUCAAUUGUGCCGCACAAGAAGAUUAAACAUGGGAAUGCCGUGUUCAAUAACUAGCUUAAGUUAUCGCGCUUGGAUUAGUCGAGAAGCUCGAGAUCCUUUACUUCUUGUAAAUUCGUCAAAUAAUUCUUUAUGCCUCUUCAAUAUCGUGGAUUAUGAAGGAACUUUAUCUUUAAAGCGUCGCUUUCCGAAUAGACACACUAAACAUUCCGUAAAAUCGACAUUUUGUCCUAUUAUGUCUUUCAGGCAAGGGGCUUGCGUCGUUACUGGUAGUGAUGAUGGAAGCGUUUAUUUUAUUGAUAUAGAAAAACACGGAUCGAGAUCUUGCGUAAAUACUUUACAAGGACAUUCAAGUCCCGUUCUUGGAAUUACAUUUAAUUAUAACGAAUCUCUAUUGGCUACAAGUGAUUUGGAAGGUUUGGUGAUUAUAUGGAAAAGAGCAGAUUUAUAAAAAAAAACAUAUUUAUUCUAUAUCAUUUAUUAUAAUUCUAAAAUAUAUUCUUGCAUUUAAGUAAUAA